AUGACUGUCUUGAUCUAUGAGAAACACACAUCUGGACGCAUGGUAUUUCUUGGUCACAAUGAUGUUCGUGAUGUUGAAGGAAAUGAGUUACCUUGCCUGGUUUAUGUUUCUCGUGAAAAGAGACCAGGGUUUGAUCACCACAAAAAAGCUGGGGCUAUGAAUGCUCUGGUGCGGGUUUCUGCAAUUCUUUCAAAUGCUCCUUUUCUUCUGAAUGUUGACUGUGAUCACUACAUUAACAAUAGCAAGGCGCUAAGGGAAGCCAUGUGUUUCAUGAUGGACCCCACGUCGGGAAAGAAAGUUUGUUAUGUGCAGUUUCCACAAAGAUUUGAUGGUAUAGAUCAUCAUGAUAGAUACUCAAAUCGAAAUGUUGUUUUCUUUGAUAUCAAUAUGAAGGGAUUAGAUGGUUUACAAGGACCAAUAUAUGUUGGAACCGGGUGUGUUUUCAGAAGGCAAGCCCUUUAUGGAUACGAUGCUCCUGUCAAGAAGAAGCCUCCAAGGAAGACCUGUAACUGUUGGCCUAAGUGGUGCUGUCUAUGUUGUGGGUAUAGGAAGAACAAGAAAGGAAAACCAAAGAAGGAGAAGAAGAAGAAAAUGAAGCACAGGGAGGCAUCAAAGCGGAUACAUGCACUUGAAACCAUUGAAGAAGGAAUUGAGGAAAUAAACUCUGAAAAUUCAUCUCAUGCUUCCCAACUAAAACAUGAGAAGAAGUUUGGUCAAUCUCCUGUAUUUGUAGCAUCCACACUUUUGGAAAAUGGUGGUAUACCUCAAGAAGCCAGUUCUGCAUCACUCUUAAAAGAAGCUAUUCAUGUUAUUAGCUGUGGGUAUGAAGAUAAGACAGAAUGGGGAAAAGACGUUGGUUGGAUAUAUGGCUCCGUGACGGAGGAUAUCUUGACAGGAUUCAAGAUGCACUGCCAUGGCUGGCGUUCUGUGUACUGUAUGCCCAAGCGGCCUGCAUUCAAGGGGUCUGCUCCCAUUAAUCUCUCAGAUCGUCUUCACCAGGUUCUACGAUGGGCCCUUGGUUCUGUUGAGAUUUUCCUCAGCAAACACUGUCCGAUCUGGUAUGGAUAUGGAGGUGGAUUAAAAUGGUUGGAAAGAUUCUCCUAUGUAAACUCAGUUGUAUAUCCUUUGACUUCCAUUCCUUUGAUUGUCUACUGUACCUUGCCAGCCAUCUGCCUUCUCACUGGAAAAUUCAUUGUUCCCGAGAUCAGCAACUAUGCCAGCAUUGUCUUCAUGGCCCUCUUCAUAUCCAUUGCUGCAACCGGUAUCAUUGAGAAGCAAUGGGGUGGUGUAGGAAUAGAUGACUGGUGGAGAAAUGAGCAGUUCUGGGUGAUUGGAGGAGUUUCAUCUCACCUUUUUGCUCUCUUCCAGGGGUUACUGAAGGUUUUGGCUGGUGUUAACACAAAUUUUACAGUUACAUCCAAAGGAGGAGAUGAUGACGAAUUCUCUGAGCUUUACCUCUUCAAGUGGACAUCUCUGUUAAUCCCUCCCACAACUCUGUUAAUAAUAAACAUCGUGGGGGUCGUAGUUGGGAUCUCAGACGCCAUCAAUAAUGGGUACGGUUCUUGGGGUCCAUUAUUUGGUAAGCUAUUUUUUGCCUUUUGGGUCAUCGUUCACCUCUAUCCAUUCCUCAAAGGAUUGAUAGGAAAACAAGAUAGGAUGCCCACAAUAAUUUUGGUCUGGUCGAUUCUGCUAGCUUCAAUAUUAACUCUUUUGUGGGUCCGAAUCAAUCCAUUUGUUUCUAGAGAUGGCCCUGUGCUUGAAAUUUGUGGAUUGAAUUGUGAUGAUUGAAAUGCAAGAGUACAGCCUAAAUUAUUGAAGUUGCAUCUAAUAAAUGAUACUUCAGGAGUCGCCAGGGAGAAAGAAAAAGAGGAGAAAGGAAAGACAGAAGUAUUCACUGGCAUGGGUUGUGCCGUAGUAAUACAAUUGAUGGGAAAUUUUCAUGGAAGAAGAUUAUAGUUGGGAGUUUGUAGAUAUGAAGCAGUGGGAGCUGACACAUUGAUUUUUGUUUUACAUUAUUUUAAUUGAUUAUGUUGUUAAAGGCCUUUAUUUUUGUAUUUCUUUUUGGUUUUUGGUGAUUUUGUAUUCAUCGGUGAAUAUUAAAUACAUAAAUUAUGCCCUCUCAACAGGGGGUUUCAUGUAAGUCUAUAAAUAUACUCUCAUCCAGAUUUUUUGAUUUUUCCGGUUUU